GGUUUUAUAGUAUAAACCCUAGUUUGGUAGAGGGGAAGCAGCAACGGAGAUAUCAAUGGAGAAAGGGAACAUAAAGAAGAAGAGCAUUGAGGACAUAUUCGCUUCUUGUGAUUUCUCUAGUCUUGGCCUUCACCCUGCCUUAUGUGACCAGCUCCGAGAGAGAAUGGGCUUUGAAGCUCCAACAUUAAUUCAGGCCCAAGCUAUUCCAGUUAUCCUCUCCGGAAGACAUGUGCUUGUUAAUGCCGCUACAGGCACUGGUAAGACUGUAACGUACCUGGCUCCUGUCAUUCAUCAAUUGCAAAAGUGUGAUCCUAGAAUUCAGAGGUCUGAUGGUACUUUCACGUUGGUUCUUGUACCAACACACGAGCUAUGCAUGCAGGUAUAUGAAACUUUGCAGAAGUUAUUGCACCGCUUCCAUUGGAUUGUUCCAGGUUAUAUUAUGGGUGGGGAAAACAGGUUGAAAGAGAAAGCGAGGUUGCGGAAAGGAAUAUCUAUUCUUGUUGCAACUCCGGGACGUUUACUGGAUCAUUUAAAGCACACAUCGUCAUUUGUACAUAAGAAUUUGCGGUCGAUAAUAUUUGACGAGGCAGACAGGAUUCUGGAACUAGGAUUUGGUAGAGAGAUAGAAGAGAUAAUUGAUAUUUUGGGUUCAAAGCAGAACAUGUCUGAAAGCAAAGAAAAUGCAGUUUCUGGAGCUACUGGAGUUGUGAGGCAAAAUUUGCUCUUGUCAGCCACCUUAAAUGAAAAAGUCAAUCAUCUUGCAAAUAUUAGUUUGGACAAUCCAGUUAUGAUUGGUCUUGAUGACAAGAAGAUGCAAUCUUCUAAUAAGCAAGUUACAUCAUUAGAUUCUAAUGAGGUCAAAACAUCAGAGCGUUCUGUGGAAGUAUUAAUUGCAUCAAAUGGGGAAUAUAAGCUUCCAGCUCAACUGAAUCAGAGAUAUGUCAAAGUGCCUUGUGGUUCUCGCCUUGUGGUGCUUCUUUCCAUUCUAAAGAAUCUAUUCACCGGAGAAGCUUCUCAAAAGAUUGUGGUAUUUUUCUCAACGUGUGAUGCUGUCGAUUUUCAUCAUGCACUUUUAAGUCGAUUCCCAGGAUUGUCAAAUUUGCAAUCAGAGACAGGGACGAGGGAGCUAUUUGUGGGAUGUAACAUUUUGAAGUUACAUGGAAACAUGAAACAUGAGGAUCGUGUAAAAACUUUCAAUGCUUUUAAAACCGAAAAAUCGGCUCUUCUCUUGUCCACUGAUGUUUCUGCUAGAGGCUUGGACUUUCCAAAAGUUCGAUGCAUUAUUCAAUAUGAUUCCCCUGGGGAGGCAACUGAAUAUGUUCACAGGGUUGGAAGAACAGCUCGCUUGGGUGAAAGGGGAGAUUCUUUGUUAUUUCUGCAACCCAUUGAAGCCGAUUACCUGCGAGAGCUGAAGAAACAUGGUGUACUGUUAACAGAAUAUCCUCUGCUCAAACUUUUGGAUGGUUUCCCAUUGUAUGGUCAGAAAUACCAUGUCAAAAAGUUUGUUUCAAUAGAGAUGCAUCCAUGGGUACUUUGUCUGCAGAAGUCCCUUGAAUCCUUCAUCUUGACCGAGGCGAUGAUGAAGAAGCUAGCUCAGAAUGCGUUCUGCUCGUGGGUGCGUGCAUACAGUGCUCAUCGGGGGGAUCUGAAGAGUAUAUUCAUGGUGAAGAAGCUUCACUUGGGCCAUGUAGCAAAAAGUUUUGCGCUCAAGGAACAGCCGUCUUUGGUGGGCAGAUCGGUCCAGAAGAAACAUACGGCAAAGAGGAAGGGAGAGCAGCAAAGACACAGGGAAGGAGGAGGUUUGAAAAAGAAGAGAAAGACAUGAUAAUUUCCGUACAAUGAGGUUUAAGAAAGGGUACUUGGAGAAAUGUAUGAUGUUUUUUAAGUUGAGGAAUGGAAUGAUUGAUGGAAGUUGGGAAGAAAGGGCAUAUGACCUGAGCUG